ACUCCGAUUCACAUGGUCAUCUCUCUCUAAUCCACGGUGAGUACGUGGCUCUUAUUACUAGUACUAUGCAUUGGAGAUGAUUGACCGGUUCGUUUCGCGAAUGAUGUCGGCGAGAAAUCUCAGUCGCAUUUUGUUCCCUGGCAUCGUUCUCAACCAUUGUCCGGGUCCAGUCAAAAUGUCACGCAGAACCUUUUCCAGGACGAUGUAUUUGUUGUACUCACAUGCGAGUCACACCCAGCGAUAUGCCCUCGAGAAGGACCAUGAUAGAAUAAUUUUGAUGACAGAACAAAAUCAAGAAGGAGCGACAUUGAUGAUGGAAGAUUUGGCCGAGAGGGAAAACCAGAGAACGCAGUGCCACAUCGAGAGGCAGUCAAACGAAGAGAAAGAGCGAUUCAGGAAAGUGAUGAGCAGAAAACACAGGGAAAGAAUUGAAUUCCACAAUAGGAAGUGGGAGGAGCUGUCAAAACGCAUGCUAAAUUUCGACGCAUCAGUCGUGUCCAAGAAAGGGCAAGAUAGCGGGUCUCCACCACCAGUCGGUCUCCAAAUCGGAAAGUUGUCGCGCAUCUCGACAGUCAAGUUAUAGACAUUGGUAUCCUUUUGUGUCAUUUCAUGUACAAGUUCCAAAACUAUGCCAGUUUAU